ACCUGGGGAAGAGACAGAAAACACACUUGUCAUUGUGAGUUUGGUAUGAACCUCGCUACUUUAUUCCAUUCCCUUCCCCUGGACCCAAAACUCUUGGCAUGUAUAGUUUCUAAGUGUAGAAGCGGUCAGAAUCUGGGCACAGUGAUUAGGAAAUAAAUCAAAUGGUUUUAGUAAGGUUGAUACUGCAUUUCAGUCAUCUUUAGCCAUAUAAAACACAGCUUUGAAGCUUGUCAGCCUCCAUUUUUAAAAGAACUGUUUAUCCUCAUGUUGUCAUUGUCACAGAUGUCACAUGAAUGAGUGAAUGCAGUGAAAGGCAACUUUCUAACCAAAUUUCAUGGCUUAAGUCAGUAUAUUUUUCUGGACAGAUUAUUUACCCUUGUUCUUUGACUGUUCCUCCAUUAAACACGAAUAAUUUCUGCCAAAAGCAAUCCUGUUUCUGAUUAAGGAAUCUCUAAUACCACCAACCAUGUCUGGAUGCCAGAGUUCUCAGAUAUUUAAAAUAUGCAUGUUCCUAUGUUUUGUAUCACCAACUUUGUUAGAGAAAGACAACAGAUUUGAGAACUUGAGCAUUAACAGUGGGUCUGUUGCAAUGCAGGCGUAAGACCUACACAUCUGCAGCUAGAUUCACCCUGGUGUGAUUAUUUUCCUUCAUACCAGCUGAGAAUCUGCACUUUCACUCUUGUCAUGGAUGAAAUAAAUGAAAAAAUGUGUAUACUUAAUACUGUUCCAAAAUCCAAACAAAUGACAAAUAUAGUACCUUGAGUAAGACUUUUUCUUCUUCACCAAAAAAAAGCUAUUAUUCAAAAGUGUCUGCAAUGAUAAAUAUAAGUCAGCAGGCGCCCUUUGUUUCAUUUCACAGACACAUGGAAAAUUUUGCUUAUCUCCAGGGAGGCCUUCCUCAAAACCAGUCUGUAGCACUGACAGUGCUAGUCCCUCUGAGGAGUUUCGUAAUGAAAACAAACAAGAUACUCCUGGUAGCUAUUUAUGAAUGCAUGUUUUUCAAAGAUAAUUACGAACCAUAGCUGAAUUUACAGCAGACUUAUGUCAUGGGAACUACUGUAAGAAGAAAGUCAAGAUAAAUUCAGAGAAAGGAAGGCAAAGGGUAGAAAGAUAAAUGAAAAUGACAUAAUUAUCUGGCAAAAGUUUUUUUCUAGAAGAGACUCCUUCUAGUGAGAGAAAAUGAGUGCUCUGCUGUAGUUCUCAAAGAUGAACUAAGGAUCUAUUUAGUACAAGUCUGUGAUACUGUUCCAGGAUUGAGUUAGACAGGAUUGAUGAGACUAAGGGCUAGCCCUGCAAAGCUGUAUUUAUAGUAUAAACCUUAGAGAAGUGUCAGAGAGCAUAGUCAGGCUUCUCUAGUUUUGGCAGAAUAAAUGUAUCAAUGUCAUAAAUCCUGUAGUUUAGCUGACCUAGUGCAAAUAAUACAUGUACAAACACUAUUGGACAAGUAUUUUUAUUGAGGAUUAUUUUAUGUAGCAGCUUUUUAGAUUUGUAUGUGCCAUUCAGCAUUCAGUAAGAUAACUCAAAAUACUCCUCUUACCAAUACAGUAAUUUACUCUACAUAAACUUCACUUUUUCCUUAGAUACGUGAUAUCUCCAAACGCAAAGUAUAAGGGAGAUACUCUGCUGAGUCAUACAGCACAAAGCUUUGUCUGCUGUUUCAAUACUUGGGUAUAAUUAGAUGCUUUAAAUUAGCUGAAUUUUUACCUGCUAUUAAUAUUUAAUUUAAAGGAGAUGAAAAUACACUUACAUGCAUAUCUUCUUCAGCUUUUGGGAUUUGUUACCAUGCAAAAGAUAACUUUUUUUUUUGAACUGACAAGAAACAAGAAGUGAAAUCUAAGAUAUAUAAUCUCAAAGAAAAAGAUAGAUCUCUGUCUUCCACUAAUGUAGGUGAUCAGUAAUAUGGCUCUUACGUGCCUUUAUGUGCUACAACUUAUAAAUGACUCACAAAAGGCAGAUCAUUUUUCUCUCCUUUCUCUCCCCAGCUGCUCAGCCUCCCUUAGUUAACUACUGCUUUCAAUGCAGUUCCCUCUCCUUUCCACACAUACUGAAAAAGACCUCAACUGGGAAAAAAAAAUUGUGUAAGUGAUUCAUAUGCUCAUAAACUUAUGCCUUGCUCAGAUGCCUGUCCUAGAUCCCGCUCUAUUUUUUGCAUUUUAGUCAAAUGCCUCAAUCAAAUGUCCUUUAAGCUCCUGUGGGGCUCUGUGCCAGAGAUAAAAAUAUAUUUCCUUUAUACACAAUACAGCUUGCUUCUGUUUUUACUUUUUUCUUGCUAAUGUCUUGUUGUCAUCUCCCAUUUUUUGUAGUCUCAAAAGUUCCCUCUGGUUUUAUACCAAAGCUUUUCUCUCUCUUCGCCUAAAUGGCAUCUGUUUGUGUAAACUCCUUGUAAGUCUCCUUACAAGAGAUAAUCCAAACACUGAGAUUUAUGAUAUAGCAUCUAUCUUUGCCUUCUCUAUGAAACCAAAUUAAAAUUAACUAGUCCGAAAUAUAAUCCCAUGGAAGUCAAUUUAGAGUUUUCAAACAGGAGAGAACAUUAAGCUAAAGCCUAACAAGGAUAAGCUUGAACUGGUGUUUUUCCACCAUGCAAUUUACUUGAUCUUUAGAAACUCUUUCUUCACAACUUUCCAGUUUUACAUUUUCUGCAGUUAAUGCUGCUCCAGUUUUUCCUUGAGGAAUAGAAGGCUUCUAAGGACGAAAUCCUCAUGUUGAGGACUCAGAAGGGGCUCUCCUACCUCAUACACAUGCUUUGCCCACAUUACUUGGGUGUGGGCACACUGGAGAAGUCAGAAGUGUGCUUCCAACAGUCCUUUACAAAAAGAGGCAACCAAGAACACAUAGGUUUUCCCUUUCAUUCAGUACCUGGCACUGCUUGGCUUGGAAAAGACCACCUGCAAGGCACUACUCAAGAGAUGACUGAUGGAAAGAAUUAUGGUUCAAGAGCAUUCUGGGUUACAACAUCUGCCUUUUCGUGUCUUUUUAUUGUGGUGCAAUUUAUACCUGUCUCCAAGGACAAGACCACAGUAUGGUCCUAUAUGUCUGCACUAUAUAGGCUUCUUAUACCAACAGGAAGUUUUGUGAAGUCUGAUGCUGUGUAAAUAACAGUGUAUUCAUCCAGGACAUGAGCUGUGCCAAACACUCUACUAGUUAGUGCUAAAUGAGAAUCUUCAAGGUUGCAUAUUGAGAAUUGUUUCCAGUUCACUUCUAAUGUAGGUUUGUGUUUUUAUGGUACUUGGAAGUCCUGUAUACAAGGAGCCCAGAAUGCUGUAAAACAUUUUGACAAAUUGUUCUUGAAAUCAAAACAUUUUACCUGAAGGGCAUACUUUGCUUGGGUGGAAAAUAACAGCUCAUUUUCUUAUGCAAAACAACUGUGUGGCAUACUGAAGACACACAUAGCUAUUUAUAUGGAAAGAAAAAUAUUUUUGCGAGUUGACCAUGCUGUGCAAUGCUAUUGGAAGGUAGGCAUUUACAUAGGGCUGUGAUUAAAAUGUAUUUGCAUCCCAUAUGACAGGCAUUUCCAUGUUACUAGGAUGCCAGAGGAUUAUCUUGGCUUCUCCCAACAUAAGAAAUUCAGGCAAGUCCCGUUUGCUUGAAUUGCUUGGACCAGCAGAACAUUAACUUUUUUUCUGCUGAGGUCACAAUAUACAAAACAAUACUAUUCAAGCAAACCCAGAUAUGGGAUGGAUUUCACAGAGGCCAAAUGCUGAAGCGCAAUAACAUAUUGAACCCGAUCGAGGGGAAACACCAGCACAGCAAAACAGCUAUUGGAGAGUGUGACCUUUUCUCAACAUUGCACUUGGGUCAGAUGCUGAGGAAACAAUGGCCUGGUCCAUGUCUGUGGAUACAGUACUAGCUAAUAAAGAUGGCGUGGAAGCUUUUAGGACAUUUUUGAAGUCAGAGUUCAGCGAGGAGAACGUGGAGUUCUGGCUGGCCUGUGAGGACUUCAAGAAAACCAAGUCUCCCACUAAGAUCGCCUUAAAAGCCCAAAAGAUUUAUUCUGACUUUAUACAAGCUGAUGCUCCGAAGGAGAUUAAUAUUGACUUCCACACCAAAAACCACAUCACUCAGAAUAUGUCUGAGCCCACCCUCAGCUGCUUUGAUGACGCUCAGAGGUUAAUCUAUAGUCUGAUGGCAAAGGACUCUUUUCCCAGGUUUUUAAGGUCAGAAGAGUACAAGGAACUAGUAAAGAAGCAACAGAAUGGAAAACAGAAGAGAUGGCUCCCAUUUUUGUAA